GAUGAAUCAAGAAAUAUAGCUAUUUAUAUGCAAAAUAGUCCUCAUUAGUAAUUUAAAAUGUCCUAAUAAUUAUAAUAUGAUUGAAUAUAUUAUAGGAGAUUAAUAAAUACAACUAAAAUAACAUUAGACAAAAAACAUGAGUAAUGAUACACAAAUAUCACGUCUACCUGAAUAUUAGAUAAGAAAAGAAAACUAAAAUUAAUAACUUUUAGAUUUUAAUCAAUCCCAAUCAGAAUCUCUAUAGCAAAAUUAUGGUUUUGAAUAUAUUGAUUAUAAAAUUGAAGAUUAGUUGAUAGAACCUUCAUUUCAAUCUGAAUUAUUAAAUUGCAUUUCUUCAACCGAAAAUUGUGAUGAUUCUCAGCAAGAAUAUUAAUUUGAUCAAUUCAAUACUUUGGUAGAAACAAAUUUCUUAAUUAAUCUAAAAUUUAUGUUGAAACAUCCACUAAACUACAAAAUUUCUAUAACACCUUUAUGA